UUAUUUUUUGUCUUUUUGUUUGUUUUAUUUUUUGUUUUCGUAGUUCAUUGUGUACGUAAUUCCCCUUAUAAAGCCUUAUAUUUAUAAAACGACAUAUAAAACUAAUGAGUGUUGAAUUAAAAAGAAAUGAAACGGCAAAAACAAAAAGCUCUGCCCUGUUGUUAAUAAAGAUAAGAAGAAAAAUAUGCAAACGUUUGAUGAAAUCAUUCAAGUUUUGGUUUUGCUAGAAGACGGAAAGAAAUAUUUUUCUUUCAAAUUGCAUAUGGUAUAAUCCGGUUAAUUGCAAUGAGUUCACAUAUGACAGAUACGACUCAUCUGGGAGCGCAUUUUCUACCUAACGUUCAUACAACACCGCUUGCAUCUACCAAAAGAUGCUAUGAACCGAAAUUUCGUUUCAGCGAGCAACAGUUGCGUAAAUAUCCUGAAACACAACAGUUAAAAAUUGCUAUAGCGGAGAAGAUCGCGAAGAAAGAAUAUUUCUAUGGCAUUGAAAUACUGGCCCGCAACCAUAAUCCGAAAUUAAUGCUGGACUAUACGAAAUUUGGUAAAAUAUUACCUCUCUUUACUUCGCUAGUAUGGUUAGGCUUAGAUUACAGCCGCGUUGCGAAUGUGGACAAAGUUGAAUCUUUACGUUUGGCUAAGAAAUUAACAGUCAACCAACACGAAAUGCUAAUUGCGCCGCAUUUAUCCUGCUAUGGUUUGGAUACGAAGCGGUUGAAGGAAUUUAUGGAAUUAAAUUUUACUAAUAUUGUCAUUGUGCGGGGUGAUCAGUACGAUAGCCAACAAGAAUUUAAAUAUGCAUCACAAUUGGUGGCACAGAUACGGCGAGAAUGUCAAGAUUCAAUAACCAUUGCGGUUGCCGGUCAUCCUGAGGGCCACCCGAGCAUCUCUACAGUGCAAGAAGACAUGCAGUUUUUAAUUGAAAAAAUUAACAGCGGCGCUGAUCUGAUAAUAACUCAAGUGUGCUUUAAGGCUCAAGCUCUUAUAGAUUUUAUAAAAAGUUGUCGUUUGAAUUCCAUCGAUAUACCAAUUAUCCUUGGUAUAUAUGUGCCAGAUAAUAUGAAAUCCUUGCAAUUCCUUAUGGAAUUGACAAAAAUAGAAAUGCGUGAAGAAGAUUUGCAACAAUAUCGUUAUUACGCCGGCAAGGGUAGCGAGGAAUUUCGUUUUUUCGCUGCACAAAAAGCAGCGCAAAUGAUUUUGACAGUGUUAAAAGCAAAAGAUAUCAAUAUAUAUGGUAUUCAUUUUUUUACUAUGAACAAAUUUGAUAUGGUAACUAAAGUGCUGGAGGAGCUAAGAAAAUGUAUAAACAUAUGAAGAAAACCCAACAAACGAAGUAAAUCGAAACAAGUAAGAAUAUUAAAUUCGGUCGAUCCCGAAUCUUUUAUACCCAUCACCUUUUAGCUUC